AUGAGAAGAAGCACUUUGUCUGCAACAGCAACAACAUGGGAACAAGACUUUGAAGACUAUGUCACCAAGCGCGUCGAAGUAUUCUUGAAAAGCGACUUACCAAAGCGUAUUGCCUGGUUGAAUACUCUGCUAGAAGACCCUACAUUUUCCGGCCGUCAGUAUGCUGAUCCCGUCCAGAAGUUGAAGGUUCCAAUUUCGAAGCUAGAAAAGUCGAAGAAAGCAAAUGUUUCAAACAUCAAAUUGUCUUCUCAACAAGUUAUGGAAGAUGAAACUAGAUGUGACGCGCUGUCGUCCGUGAAUGUGAAGGGCAGCACACUUAUCGUUGAGCUCAGAUUAAAAAUAGAGCCCUGUAUUCAAACCCUUAAAACCGACUGCAAUUUGCUCAAUACUUGGAUCAGCGUGAUGGAGGAGGGCAAAAAGCUGGACGUGAAACCGAAACGGCAACACCGCCAUGGCAUCGGCAAGUCAAUCCGAAAGGAGACAAUGAUGGAAAUACAAUUCUUGGAAAUGGAGGUGAACGCUGCAUACGAUCAGAUGUGCCAACACAAAGUAAAGUAUUCCACCAUCAAAUCGAAGGAGGAUAAGUGUUUCAAAAACCACUACCGACAGGUCGCUAAGAUGGAUGAGAAGGAGUACCUUCGGAAACUAGAGAAUAGGCUUCGCAUCAUCCGAUAUCGUUGUUGGAUGUUAUACGAUUCCGUUUCCGAAAAGCCGGACUUUUUUUAA